CCGGCGCGCUUAAAACUCCAAUACAUCUAUCUCACUUUUCUCCAAUAAGAUAUCUGUAUUUGUAGGUACUUUACUAUAUAGAGCAUCGCAUGUAUGCGUUUUCUCUCCCUGCGCAUCAAUUUUAACGCAAAAUCCAGUUCUUUGUGUCCGAGGCUUCCAUUCCACCAAGAAGUUUCGUAGAGUUUAGUUCGUUGAUUAAGUGUGUUGUUUGUUCCCAGUUUGAAUUUUUCCAGAGAGAAGAGAGAGAGUUUUUCCCUGGACCCAACCGGAGUCUCCUGAGUGUAGAAUUUUCCCGUUUUUUGCUGAAGUUUUUUCACAAUUUGAAAGUUUUUUGAAAAGAUUUUUUUCUACCCAAAAAAAAUAAGAUCAAGCAUUGAGCUUCUGUCCGUUACUUUUAUUCGGUCUCUGAAAACGCCGCACGUUUUUAACUCUAAUAAAAAAAAAGUGUCGGAAAAUUCCAAGCUUGGAAAAUCUUGAAAGUGCUGUUUAAAAAAAAAAACAAAGUUUAAGGAAGAAUUUUGAAAGAAAAUUUGAAAAUUUGGUGUCUGUAGAAGCAUUUUUGGCUUCUUCUUCAAGGAAAAAAAAAAGUUUUUGAGUGCGGCAUAUGCUAUUUUAAUCACUCAAAGACACAGCAUUUUUGUGGAUCUCCCUAACUUCGAAUAGCCAGAGGUUUUUUUUUAACGUACACUUGAACUUGCAAAGAUGACAGAGACCACUGAGGCACCUGCAGCUGCAACCCAGCCAGACAAAAAGACACCCACAGAGGGCACAAAUCCCGAUGCCUCCUCCACUCCCAAUGAGGAGCAACAGGCAGCCAAUGGAAGUCCUGAAAAGAAGGCAGCCACUGAGGAGAAGGACGCUGGUCCACCUCAGGAGCCACCAAAGGAGAUGCGAGCUGUUGUCCUGACCGGUUUUGGCGGAUUCAAGGGUGUGAAGAUUCUCAAGAAGCCCGAACCAAGUCUCCAAGCUGGAGAAGUUCUUAUCCGCGUUAGAUCAUGUGGAUUGAACUUCCAGGAUUUAAUGGUACGUCUGGGUGCUAUUGAUUCUCCCCCCAAGACCCCAUGCAUCUUAGGACUUGAGUGUGCUGGUGAAGUUGAGGCAGUCGGAGAGGGUGUUGAGAACUUUAAGGUUGGAGAUCGUGUUGUGGCUCUUCCAGAAUUCAAAGCAUGGGCCGAACUUGUCACCGUCCCAGCCAAGUAUGUCUAUCACAUUCCCGAUGAGAUGUCCUUUGCAGAUGCAGCAGCCAUUGCCAUCAACUACAUUGUGGCGUACAUCAUUCUCUUUGACUUGGCAUCAAUCAAGCCAGGAAAGUCCGUCUUACUCCAUUCAGCCGGAGGUGGUGUGGGUCAAGCGAUUGUGCAGCUGGCUCGUACAGUUCCCAACGUCCAAGUCUUUGGCGUGUGCUCCAAGAACAAGCACGAAGCCCUCAAGGCGGGUGGUCUCAUUGAUCAUCUCCUGGAAAGAGGCUCAGAUUACACAAAUGAAGUUCGCAAACUCUCCCCCGAAGGUGUUGAUAUUGUCUUGGAUUGUCUCUGCGGCGAAGAGUGCAACAGGAGUUACACCCUCCUGAAGCCAAUGGGAAAGUACAUCCUCUACGGAUCAUCAAAUGUCGUCACUGGAGAAACCAAGAGUUUCUUCAGCGUGGCCCGUUCGUGGUGGCAAGUGGACAAAGUAUCCCCCAUUAAGUUGUUCGACGAGAACAAGAGUCUGGCUGGCUUCAAUCUCCGGCAUUUGAUGUACCAGCAGGAUGGAGUUGAGUACGUCAAGAAUACCAUGACUGCGGUCUUUGAUUUGUGGAAGGGAGGCAAGAUUAAGCCGACCAUUGAUUCAACUUGGGCUCUUGAGGAUGUCGCCGAAGCCAUGCAGAAGAUGCACGAUCGCAAGAACAUUGGAAAACUAAUUCUGGAUCCAGCAAUGGAACCCAAACCAAAACCAGCCACUCCUGCCAAGGGCAAAGCUAAGGCCAAGAAGGAGGCGAGCGAGGAGAAGAACGGAGAGAAGGAAAAGAAGGCCGAAACCGAGGGAGAGAAGAAGGAGGAAGCGAAUGAUAAGGAAGCCACCGAGGGUGAAGCUGCUGCUAAACCAGCCGAGAAGGAAAAUGGUGAAGCGACUGAAAGUGAAAAACAAUCAAGCUGAAUUAAUUGAGAGUAAAAUCUUUGCAAGAAAGAAAAAGAAGACAUCUUCAACAGAAACUCCCUCAAACGUAGAUUCUCUUGGCUGGACUUUGAAAUUUUUCCCAAAAAUAUUUUUUGUUUUUAGUUUUAAAAAAAAGGGGAGAUUGGGUCAAAAUUCGGCAGGAAAUUAAAUUUUUAUUUAAAGGUGUAAUUUGUGAAAGAAUUUGAUUAGACUGAUUGCUAUUUCAGUAUGGGGAUAUUUCUUCUAAGGCAAACUAAGGACAUCCCACUGGCUAAUUUGGCCCCGCCCCCUAUUCGUAUAAUUGGAAGAAAAGAUCAAAUCUUGAUUGUAAUGACCGAUCCAGCAAAUCUACUUUUUAAAAAAAAUCAUUUAUCAAAAUAUUUGUAUAAAAAAAAGAAGAUCGUUAAAGAUAUUUUCCGACGAAUUAUGUAAGAAAGUUUUCUUCUGUAGUUUUCACAGCAAAUAUUUUUUAGGCCUUUUAAUGAGAUAGACUCUUUAAAAAAAAAACUUCUCCAAAAAAAAGUUGAUGAGUUUGAGGAGGGAAGAAAGUGCUUGUGUGCUUUUAAUGUGUCAUAAUUAAAUAAAUUGAGAAAAGAAUGAAAUAAGAAAAAAAGACGAAUGAUGAUCAAUCAAUUUGUAAGCUUUUGUUGAAUUUAGUUUUAAUAAUUAUUGGGGAGAUAUAAAAUUUUUUGAAGAGGAAAUUGAUGGUAAAAAAAAUUAUUUCACUUAUAUUGUACAAUAAUUGUUCUUACACAAUUCGUUCGUUGAUAUAAAUACACAAUGAUUACAAUUUAUUAAAAAAAAAUUAUAAAUAUAUAUAAACCCUUAUAAUAGAAAACUUAUUCGCUAUCCAAUAUUGAAAAAAAAAACUACUUAUAAUUAUUCUCUUUUUAGGAAGAUGAAGAAAAAUAAAAAAAUAGAAGAACAGAAGAAAUAAAGAAAAUGUAAAGUGAAAACUUAAAAAAAUAAAUAAAACGGUUUCUAAUUAGUGUGAACCUCUUAAAGGAAGCCUAAAAGAAUGCAUUAAACAAAGUGUUUUAAAACGAACCAAUUUCUGCAAAUUAUUGUGUGCUUUCGGUGUCAGCAUAUGUCAUAAUCGAGAACAACAAAAUAAUCACUACAACUUUAUUGUAAUUUAUUAAACUUAAAGAAAAAAUGAACAUCACAGCUUCUAUCAACAUCUUAAGGCACUAUUCCAAUAUAUUUUGUUUAUUAUUAAAAUAAAUUCAGAAAAGUAUUUUCAUAAUCUCUCAAAUUUUAUUUUUCUAUUUUUUUGAAAAUAUUUUUUUAAGCAAGCACAGGACUGUAAAAUAAAUUUACAACGAUUAUCCUGUGGAAUGGGAGUAACGCGAUUAUCAUAGAAAUAUUUAGAACGAUUUAUCGUGGCAAAAAGGCAUUUUAUAGCAGCAAGUUGAGUUUUACUAUGAUUAUCCUAGCGAAAAGUUAAUUUUUGAAAGAGCUCAUCUUUUAACCGAAGGUUGCAUUUUGCAACGAUUAUCGUAACAAAGGGUUCAUUUUGCAGCCGAUUGUUAACUUUUACAACGUUUUUCCUAGCAAAGUGUUCGUUUCACAGCAGCUUGUAGAAUUUUACAACGAUUAUCGUAGUAAAAAUGUAAUUUUUUAGCUGAAAGAUGCUUUUUACAACGAAUAUCGUAGCAGAAAUGUCAUUUUUUAGCUGAAAUAUGCCUUUUCAACGAUUAUCGUAGCAAAAAGGUUAUUUUUAGCCAAAAGAUGAAUUUUACAACGAUUAUCGUAGUAAAAAGGUCAUCUUUCAGCCGAAACAUGAAUUUUACAACGAUUAUCGUAGCAGAAAGUUCAGUUUUCAGCCGAAAGUUGAUUUUUACAACGACUAUCGUAGUAAAAAGGUCAUCUUUCAGCCGAAAGAUGAAUUUUACAACGAUUAUCGUAGCAGAAAGUUCAGGUUUCAGCCGAAAAUUGAAUUUCAGGAUGAUUAUCGUAGCAAGAAGUUCAUUUUUCCACGGAAAGAUGGAUUUUACAAUGAUUAUCGUAGCCAAUGUACCAUUUUUCAGCCAAAGGAUAAAUUUUACUACGAUUAUCCUAGGAAAAAGGUCGCUUUUUAGUCUAAGAUGGAAUUUUACAAUGGUUAUCGUAAUAGAAAGUUCAUUUUUCAGCCGAAUGUUGAAUUGUACAACAAUUUUAUCAUAGGAAAAGUUGACUUUUCAGCUGAAACUGGGAUUUUAACACCAAUUAUCGCGGAAAAACUACAUUUUUUGCGCGGAAAAAUGAAUUUUACAAAGAUUAUUGCAGCUAAAAGUUCAUUUUUCAGCAAGAAGUUGAGUUCUACUACAAUUAUCCUAGCAAAAAGUUUAUUUUACAACGAUUAUGAUUGAAAUAUCCAUUUUUUUAAUUUUACAAUGAACUAAAUUAUCAAUGUCUUUUUAUGAUAAUCGUUGUAAACUUCUUCUUCUGGUUAAAAACGUCGCUUUUUGGAUACAACAAUCGUUGUAACUAUUAUCACGAUAAUCGUGUUACUUCCAUGCAACAUGAUAAUCAUAGUAAUUUUUUUACAGUGAAUAUUUUUUCACUAAACAAAAAGAAAAUCUGUAGAACACAAAAGUAAUUAAAAAAAAGUUAUAUAGAAAAAAAAGAACAUUAGAUUUAUUUUUGUGAUAAAGAAAAAAAACAGAAAAUAAAUUCAUUAAACUUAGAAUAUUUUUGUAAGAGAAGAUUGAAAGAAGAAAAAGCUCACAAGAAAAUUUUCUACAUUUAAAAAAAAAGGAGAAAAAAACGAAAAGAGUAUGUUAGAGAAUGAGGACGAAUCAUUGCCAGUUUUAUCUACAAUUUAUAAUCAAUCAAAUCAAUGAGCUAUUUUAUACAAAUGAUAAUUGAUCCACAAUUUAUAUACACCUAAACACAUAUUAAAAAAAAAUAUUUCUAGCUUUUUAUAAUACCAAUUUUGCGCGCGAUAGAGAAUCAUAAACAAAAAAAAACACAACAUAUUUAGAAAUAUUGGCUUUUUUACCAACAUAUCAAAAAAUAGAUAUCAGCAUUCUUUCAAAAAUAAAAAGAUAAAUGAAAAACAAAAGACAGACAUUUUUUUAAAAGAGGAUCGUAGAAAAAAACGAAUAUAGAGCGAUAUUUUAAAAGUAAAAAAAAAACGAUAAAAAAAUUGAGAAAUUAUUGAAGUAGUGCGACCAAAAUUUCUACAAUUGACUGCAUAAUAUAUUUUUGUACCUUUUUUAUUUUUUAUUUUGUACUCUAUAUUUACACCAUUUGAGAAUUACUGUAGGAAGGAUAUAGAAAAAAACAAUCAACGCGUCUGCCUCUUGCAAAACUUUUUCUAAAAAACAAUUUUAAAAUGCGAAAAGUAUUAUUAAAAAAAAGUAUGACAAAAAAUGCGCCCGUGUGAACAGCGUCUUUCGCUUAAAGUAUGAUCAUUUUUGGAUUGGCGAAUUAGGCUACAAUCUUUGCAAAAGAAUUUUUGGCCAAGUUAUUAAAAUGCAUUAGGUGACAAUAAAACGCACACGCAAGAAGUUUCACAAGCAAAAAAACAAAACAAUUCACAGAGUCCAGAAUGUCUCUAUGGGCGAGUGUAAUAGGAGAACCGUCAAAAAAAUUUUUGAAAAAAAAAGAAUUUUUUAAGUUUUCAAAACAAAUUAAACAAGCCCCGCUGGCGAAGAGAUUGCGACGAAGGAUAUUGAAUUGAGCCCGCCACAUUGAAAGAAUUAAGAAAAAAAAUAAACUCAGUAAAACUAAAAA